AUGAAGUUCUUACUAAUAUUAGUUUGUGUGACGGUGGUAGCCGCGAAGCCUACGACCGAAGAUGACGUCAUGGGAUCAGUUGUUGGUGUCGUCAAAAGUUGUGGAGAUAAAGAUGUUUCCUUGUGCCUUAAGGAAAAAGCACUGAAAUACGCCGAAAACCUCGCCUCAGCUCGUGAAAUCAGCCUUAUUGAUGGUGUCACCCUUAUUGGUGCCGGAUCUUCAAGAGGUGCCAGGUCCUUCGAGCCUUUACCAGAGGAACCCAGGGCUAGAGAAGACCAAGUGGAAAGCAGACUCCUCGAUGCCGCGGCGGAAUUCUUGGAGAAUUCCGUUCUUCAGUUACGAGUACCAAAAGGCACCGUUGAUGACGUCAAGAGAUCGCUUGAGGAAGGUCGUGGCAAGAAGAAGAAGUUGAAGCAGCUCCUCCCAAUCUUCGCUCUGCUCCAACUGAAGAUCCAGUCCCUCAUUCCACUGUUCCUUGGUAUCAUUGCCUUCGCUGCUGUCAAGGGUUUGAUGCUAGCCAAGGCUGCUCUUCUUGCUUCCGCGCUGCUGCUGUUGAAGAAACUUCUGUCGAAACAUGAGCAUCACGAAAGUUAUGAGGUGGUAGCUCACCCACACCACGAUGAACAUUUCUCCCACGCCAGCCCGCAUGGAGGCUGGGGAAGAUCCCAGGACGCCCAAGAGAUGGCCUAUAACGCCUAUUCCAACUGA